UCAGUGGAUAGAACAAAUGCUUACGGCGUGCGGUCUGGUGUAGGCUCAGUUGUUCGUAUAGCUCCAGGGCAAUACUCCAUCGAUGAUCCGGAAGCCAUAAAGAUUAUAUAUUCUCACUCAUCGCCAUUUAUCAAGGCACCGUGGUAUCAAGCCAGCGCAAAUGCCAACCCUGAAUCGCACGACCUCUUCACCGACCGGAAUCCGCGGCGUCACAGUGAGAAUCGACGCAAAGUUGCUGCCUUAUACAGUAUGACAAGCCUUGUGGCAAUGGAAGCAUAUGUAUCAGAAUGUACUAGUGUUCUGUUUCAGAGGUUGAGUGAGCUCGCCGCAUCUGCCCAAACAUUCGAUCUGCAACAAUGGAUGCAAUAUUAUGCUUUCGACGUAAUCGGUUCUAUCACACUACAAAAGCGGUUCGGCUUUCUUGAUGCUGGGGCGGACCAAAAUGGUCUCAUUGCCGCUCUUCAUUCAUAUCUUGUCUAUUCCGCGAGAGUCGGUGUUUAUUCGGAAUGGCACCCAUUGUUGUCAAAACUGGUGAUGCUGCUUCCGAUGUCCGGAAUAUCCCACCUCCAGGCCUUUGCCGAGCAGCAAAUUUCCACUGCUUCAAACAAUCUCGGUCACGGAAGGGAUGACAGUGUCAAAGUUGGCCAAGGGGGGUCAUUCCUAACAAGACUGCUUAAAAUGCAUUCAGACGACCCCUCUAAGAUGAGCAAGGCAGAUAUUUUUACGACUUGUAUCACCAAUAUAGGUGCCGGCUCAGACACUACUUCUGUCUCCUUGACCUCUGUCAUGUAUCGUUUGAUGGCAAACCCUUCGAAAUAUGAAAUGCUCUGUGCGGAAAUCCACGAAGCAGACAAGCAGGGAAAUCUCUCUUCACCUUAUGUCUCAUUCCAAGAAGCACAGAAGUUGCCAUAUUUGCAGGCAUGUAUCAAAGAGGCUCUCCGUAUGCAUCCGGCUACAGGCCUGCCGCUAGCGCGAGUUGUCCCCGAAGGUGGUACUACACUGUGCGGAAAGUUCUUCCCAGCUGGGUCAAUCGUUGGUGUUAACGCAUGGGUUAUACAUUCUAAUAAGGGUGUUUUCGGUCCUGAUGCAGAACUCUAUCGACCAGAGCGGUGGCUAGAAAGCUCUGAGCUAUCAUCGGCGAUGGACCGAAAUUUUAUGGCAGUAUGUCUAACUGGAAUAUUGAAUCUAUUUCUCCUGCACGAUUCAAAAUGCUUACAAAAACCACAGUUUGGAGGGGGCGCACGCACUUGUAUUGGCAAAAAUAUCAGCCUCUUGGAGAUUGGAACAUUAGUGCCUAACCUGAUUCGGGCUUUCCAUUUCGAGCUCGUGAAUCAGAACCUAGAGCCAGAAUGCGAGAAUGUAUGGUUUGUGAAACAAAAGAACAUCCGCUGCAAAGUUCGCUCGCUUCAGGUAACUUCUGACUCGAGCAAAAACGCGAGUGUGGACGACGCGCUGGGCUGA